AUGCAGCUCGGUGCCGCCAUGGCGGAGGACUUGCAGACGCAAGCUCUGCUGCAGAGUCAGCGCGUAGAGCGAGAGUCAGACGGCACGUACAUCUGCCGGCUCUGUGGGAAAAGGCCCCGUGGUCUGGACCAGGCGCUCGCGCACUUGGCGUCUGCUGCGCACCACGCGAAAUUAUCGCAACACAGGGUGGAGUGGCAGCUGCCUGGCGAACUGGAUCGCGAAAUUCAGAGUGUUGCGGCGAGGUUGACUACACCUCAAGAGCGGGAGGUCUCGCCCAUUCGCUCGCUCACUUUUUGCACGGCCUGCGUGAGACGGAGCCGGCAACUGUGUAGCACCUUGCUGCCCAAUGUAGUCACUUUGGCCGACUCUGCGAACAAGGUCAGCACAAGGCUACGAUGGUGCAUUGUUCUGGCGGAAGAUGGCUCGGAGCGACAGUCCCUGCAAAGGCUUUACACUGUCCUUGGCAUGCAGGGUACAGAAGAGCUGGACGUGAGGGUGUGUUUCGCUGACAUCCGUCAAACAGACGGUUACUUCCACGCGAGCUUUGCAAAGAACACCUCGCAUCGAUUUGGCCUUCAGUGCAUAGACACUCAGGACGCCGACCUCAGUGACCACGUUCUUGUCAACCUAGACUGCGAUAUCGUUUUGCCACCGAGGUUUGCUGAGUUGGUGCUUUCGAGGUUUACUGCACGAACUUUGCAGCUGUUGGGGUGCCGGGCGAAUCAGCCCGCAACCACGGGUCGACUUGCGAUCCGUGCUUCGGCCUUUAUGGAAAUCAAUGGCUACGACCAGGAGCCCGGCAUUCUUGGUUCAGGUUUUCAGGACAUAGACCUGCGCGACCGUGUCGGCAUCGUACCUUUCGCCUACGAUGGCUCAAUUGUGUGCGAGGGGCAGUCGGACGUCGUGCCGGCCAAGCGCGGCGUGAUAGCAAGCUUGCUGGACGAGCAUCAGGCAACGCAUCCAGCCGUGGCUGGCUGGGCAUUGCCGAACACCUUGCACGAAUAUGCCACUGCGGAGGACGACAGGAGACUGGCGAAGAUUCGUUGGGUGCACAACCCCGGCAGCUUAAGCUGGGAUGACAUGAACGAAUUAAACAGAGUUGCCAUGCUUGCCAAGCGUAAUCAGCCAGCUCCACGGGCGUGGAAGCGCAACCUGCAGUUCUCGCAGCUGGGCUGGCCUUCUGUGGAACUUCGCCGCGAGAAUCUGCAGCUUGCAAUACGCAAUCCAGGACGCAUCUUCGAUGCCAUACGACCACUCGUUCAUCGGCCGCCGGCAAGCAUUGGCCCUCCUCUCUGCACAGAGGCGGCAGACGACGACCACUAUCUGGAUCUGUUGUGCAUCUAUCCGUGCGACUACCUCCAGGUGAUGCAGGAUCUCGACCGGAGGGCAUGUGCCUGGAUGGCCAGCGUCCCUUCGGAAGCUUGGGGUGCAUUCUUUGAUUUCUGA